GCAGCGCAGUUAGAGCUCGGCUCGGCGGAGGCGGCGGCGCGAGGUCCCUGCGCUCCGAGGUCUCCCGCGCCCCGAGGUCUUCGCUUCCACCAUGAAGCUAAGAAGUGCUGGCCUGCUCCUACUGCUGCUCAGCGGCCUGCAAGCCGAUGGUCAAGAAAAAGAAGUAAGAGCAAUGGUGGGCAGUGACGUGGAGCUCAGCUGCAUUCACACCGAAGAAAAGAGUUUUGAUUUAAAUGAACUUUAUGUUUACUGGCAAAUCACUGAUACUAGCAGCAAGCCAGAAACUGUGACUUACUACCUGCCCGGAAACAGCUCCGUGGGCCAUCACAACAACCGGUACAAGGACCGGGCCCAGAUGUCACUGGACAGCAUGAAGCAGGGCAACUUCUCUCUGCAUCUGUACAACAUCACCCCCCAAGACGAACAGAAGUAUUACUGCCUGGUGUUUAGGAAGUUUACAGAGCAGAUUUUGAAUGUUGAGGUCAUGUUGCACGUGGCAGCAAAUUACAGCAUGCCCGUGGUCAGCGCCCCCACGGCCGCCGCCCAGGACGAGGAGCUCACCUUCACGUGCACGUCCAAGGAUGGCUACCCCCGGCCCAACGUGUACUGGAUCAACAGGACGGACAACAGCCUGCUGGACGAGGCCCUGCAGAACAGCACCGUCUCCCUGAACGCGCGGGGCUUGUACGACGUGGUCAGCGUCCUGCGGAUCCGGCGCACCCCCCACGUGAACGUGGGCUGCUGCAUCGAGAACGUGCUGCUGCACCAGAACCUGACUGUCAGCAGCCAGAAAGGGGGCGAGCCAAUCCCGGGACCCACAGGCAGCAACCCAGAGACCCCAGGCGACGCCGAGGCGGGGAGAUCCAGGACCGUGGUGGCCGCCAUCGCGCUGCUGCUGACGGUGGUCGUGGCGGCGGCUGCAGGCUGGUGGUGCCGGAGCCGGUGUCCUCGCCGUCCUCGCCGGGGCUACGCAGGUGCCGAGGCUGCGAGGCCAGAGCUGGGGCUCCCCGACCACGUUUGACAAGAACCCACCACCCGGGACGUGGACCAGGCUUCCGGGAGACGCCACCCAGAGGGCCGUCGGAAGGCGGCUUGCCACGGGCAGGCUGGUGGCAGAGGGAGCUCAGCCGCGCCCUCAACCAGGAGCUUCACGGACACGGAGCCUCUGGCCCGGGGGCCCUUCCCCUGGAAAGACCGCACUUCACCCCACGUGAGCGGGCGCCCCGGCUUCGCUGCCAGACACGGCUCCUCCCCGCCUCCAGCCCUGCUCCGUGUCCCCGACGCACGCUGUGGGGCGAGGGGUCUGAGAGGGACCGGAGGACCGGAGCCCGUGUGGACGGAAGAGGGGAGGCGCCCGCUCUCCUCGGGGCGGCCCUGCUGGGAGAGGCGCGGAGGGUGUUUGCGGGGCUCCCGUGACUGUCUGUGCACGUGUGCGUGUCCCGCGUUCAGGGAACGGUCAACACGGAGACCCCGGGAUUCGCUGUCCUCGGGGACCCGCACUGAGGAGAAACAACCUUGGGUGUUUGGGUGAAAAGCUGUGUUGCCCUCCUCUAAAAGCACAACCGAACCCACACGAAGAAGGGUGCUGCAGGCGCCCACCGCCCGGGCCCACGGCAGGAGAGCCGGGCUCCGGGGGGAUUGAGGACACGCGGACACGGACACAGACGUGCGACCGCCGGUCCUUGAGAGUGGGCACGGCGGCAUGAAGAGGGCUCCCCAGUCGCUGGCAGCCUUCAGAUCAGUCAUUUCCUCCGAGUGCGGUCUGGGCCGCUCCCUGCACUGUUGCCGUAGCCUCUCGCCCAGUCGCCCCUGAGAACCUGCAGGGGGUGAUGGAGACCCCAACUCCAACACCGGCUCCUCCGAGCCCACGGCCCCCCAGGUGAUGGGAGGCGGCGGUGUCCUGGCCCUCCCUGGGCAGUGUCCACGCUGUGGCCUGGAAUGAAUCUUGCAGUUUGAAGUUUCCAGGACGUUCUGCGAAGGAGUCUGCCAGGUAACCCAGGUGUGCGCACCCCCAAAGACGGGGCCUGAGGUUCCGCCCGUGGCCCUGCAGCACGGAUGGGCCCCUGACCCAGACUUGGAGCAGAAGUGAGGACUGGACUCCAUGGUGAAGCCGAGUUCCACACUUGUCACAAGAAACCCGUGGUGUGUCCUUGUGGCAAGAAGCCCUCGUGUGGCUUCUACAUGAGGGCGACAGGGCCCCCAGACUUUUAACACGGAAGCAUUAGAAGACACGUGUCAUCCCUGAGGAGUGGCCGAAGGGCCACGAACUAGCAUUUGGAGCAAAGCACUGGAUGUGGUGCCCGCCCUCCGUCCAGGCCCUGGGGUCCCGGGAGGUGCUGGAGCCGGUGUCCCGGGGAUGGGGCAGCCACGAAGAGAAGCUGGUUUCCUUCUCGAAGGCGGCAGCAGGGGAGGCCACCCUCAGCCUUUUCCCAGCAGGUGUGGACCUGACCCGGGCUCCCGAUGCCACGAGCAUGCUCUCCAGACUCCGUGCCCUGAUUCCUCAUCUCGCCACUGGUCCCUGACAACCCUCAGCCACAGCCCGGCAGCCCCCGACCUGGGCCUGGGGAAGGCGGACUGGCCUUGGGACGCAGCACACGUCCGAGUCCUCCAGGCUUGUACUGUCCACCCCCACCCGCAAUCGCCAUUUGCUGCUGGUGCUGUAGACCCACUGAAUGCCCGUGCUUGACACCUGUUCCCACAAACCCAGUUGGAGGGAAUGCAAGAUAAGCUGUGUCGUGAUUUUGGUCAGCUCCGCUCGUCCUCACUGCAGGUCUGGACCCCUGCCUCGCCAUCGGCUCUCGCUCUGGGGGUUUCUGCCCCCACCCCCCCAGGGGACGCUGGGCAAGGUCUGGAGACAUUCUAGUUGUCUCACUGGGGGAUUGCUACUGGCCUCCGGGGUGUAGAAGGCAGGGGCGCUGCUCCAAGUCCAAAAACACAGAUGGCCCAUCGCAGAGAAGUGUCCCCCCUGAAGGCCGGUGCAAGGGUGAGUCCCUGCCCUCCGAGGCCACUUUCCCGGGGGGGGGGCGGGGGGGACAGGGCAAGGGGAGCCCUGCCUCCCAUCCCCGUCCACACUGGGUCUCGGAGGAGGCGUAUGGUUAGCAGGGUUAGAGGGUUAGGCCUGGAGGGUCCAGGUCAGGGCUGUCGGCCUCCCCCCAUCCCAGUCGGCACCAGGCCCCUGCUGCAUCCUGACCAGGACGGCCUCCCCUUGGACUCCAAUAUCCCAGGUCCCCAGUGGCGAGUCUCCUUGGGGACGGCCAACGCUCUCCUCGAAUCCAUGCCGGUCCUGCUGAAUCAGGGGGAAGGGACCAGCCAGUGACUUCUGUGAGGAGGGUGGGGCCAGGCAGCUCCCCCGUGUGCAGGGCGGACCCCGGUCCGAGGAUCCAGUGGUUCUUAAUCAAAUGCAAAUGGAGUAAGUGCUCCCGUCAGAAGACAGGCUGUGGCUGAACGGAUAAUCAAGCAAUCUCCUUACAUACUCUGUCUGUGAGAGACUCACUUCAGAUCACAGUCACACACAGACCAAGAGCAAAGGGCCGGGGAAAGAGGUGAAAGCAGAAACGAAGCUGGUAGCAAUCCUCGUGCUGGACAAAACAGACUUUGAAACGACGGCUAUAAUAAGAGACAAAGACCCAGCAAUUCCAGGUCUGGGUAUUUAAUCCAAAAAGCCCAAACCCUAAAUAAAGAGACACAGACAAUCCUAUGUUCACUGCAGCGUUAUUUACAGGAGCCAAGCAUGGAAGCAACCUAAGUGCCGAAUGGACAAAGACGUGCGGGGUGCAGUCCUAGCUGGUUUGGCUCAGUGGAUAGAGGGCCGGCCUGCGGACUGAAGGGUCCUGGGUUCGAUUCCAGUCAGGGGCACAUGCCCAAUUGUGGGCUCGAUCCCCGAUGGGGGGCGUGCAGGAGGCAGCCAAUUGAUAAUUCUCAUCAUUGAUGCUUCUAUUUCUCCCUCUGUGAAAUCAAUAAAAAUAUAUAUUUUUUAAAAAGA